AUGAGAGUUUCUGCUGCUGAUUGGGGUGUGAAUUACAGUCCUAAACAAUACUGUGCACUACAGAACUCAACAAUGACAAUCAGCUGCACUUUUAUAUACCCGACUCCUGGAUUUCAGAUCAUGAAAGUGUUUUGGAACAAAGACCAAGAAAAAUAUGAUGGAGAAAACUUUACAGAUCUGUCUAAUUACUCUGAAUACAGUCAGAGGCUUCAGUAUCUGGGAGAUAAACAGCAGAACUGCACCGUCAGACUGAGUCAUGUGACAGAGAAAGAUGAACAUGAUUAUUAUUUCAGAUUCACUACUAAUGUAACUUUUGGAAAAGUUAUUGGUAUUCCAGGAGUGCGUCUCUCUGUCACAGAUCUUCAGCUGGAGUCUCCUGAGAGAGUGACAGAGGGAGAUUCAGUCCGUCUGACAUGUAGAAGCAGCUGUAAUCUGACUGACACACCAACAUUCAUCUGGUACAGAAACUCACACACAUUGACUAAUAUUGGAGAUGAACUCAACAUCAGGUCAGUCAGUAGAAGAGAAGCAGGACGCUACAGCUGUGGUGUGCAGGGACAAACGUACAUCUCUCCUGCUGUUUAUCUCAAUAUCACAUAUGCUCCAGAUACUCCUGUGAUCUCCAAUAGAUCUGCUGUAAUAAUGGAGGGAGAUUCAGUGAUCCUGAACUGCAGCAGCAACGCAAACCCUCCUGCAGAAAUCAACUGGUAUAAAGGAAAAACAUCUCUGAAUUCUGGAAGAAUCUUCAACAUCUCCAAGAUCAGCUCUGAUGACAGUGGAGAAUACAAGUGUAGAGCCAGAAAUGAGCAUGGAGUGAAAUACUCUGAUCCUACCCACCCAGGAACAUCUCAGUGUCUAUGA